UUUCCCCUUUUAGUUAUCUUCGUCUACCUUCCUCCAUACAACUCUCCCAAUCUAUAAAUAGUGGAAUUCAUUGUAUUCUCUUCACAGUUUCUGUUUCCCAAGCUUCAUCAUCCAUGCAAUAAAUCCUUUUACUUGAUCUCGUUUUCUGUUUUUUUUUUUUGUUUCCGAUGGUUUUCCCUGAGUUUAGCACUACUUUUCUUUUUCUUUUAUGGCUUCUAUUAGUCAUCAACAAUGGCGUUGAAGCUUUUCAUAAAAUAUAUCCGCAUCUUCAAUCCGUUUCAACAAUUUCCGUCGGUACACAACACAGAACUGGAUACCAUUUUCAACCUCGUAAACACUGGAUCAAUGAUCCAAAUGGACCCAUGUAUUUCAACGGAUUCUACCAUUUAUUCUACCAAUACAAUCCGAACGGUUCGGUGUGGGGGAACAUAGUGUGGGCACACUCGGUAUCAAAGGAUCUGAUAAACUGGGAAGCUGUUGAACACGCGCUGUACCCAUCCAAGUCUUUCGACAAAUACGGGUGCUGGUCCGGCUCGGCGACGAUAGUCCCAGGUAUUGGACCCGUAAUCCAGUACACUGGAAUCGCAGACGAGAAACAAACUCAAGUCCAAUGUUACGCUAUACCAGAAGACCUCAAAGAUCCGCACCUCCGGAAAUGGGUAAAACCCGAUGAUUCGAACCCGUUUGUGGUCGCCGACAACCCUGUGAACGGUAGUGCGUUUAGGGACCCGACAACGGCUUGGUGGAGCAAAGAUGGACACUGGAGAAUAGUGGUGGGAAGCAGAAGGAAGGAUAGAGGAGUGGCUUAUAUGUACAGAAGCAAAGACUUUAAGAAAUGGGUCCGGUCCAAACACCCGCUCCAUUCGAGGAAAGACACGGGUAUGUGGGAGUGCCCCGAUUUUUACCCGGUUUCGCUUAAAAGCAAUUUGGGGUUGGACGCGUCGGCGGAUGGAAAUCAAACGAAACACGUGCUGAAAAAUAGUCUUGAUGUGACUAGGUAUGAGUACUACACUUUGGGAACAUAUCGUAGGGAUAAGGAUAGGUAUGUUCCUGACAAAACAUCAGAAGAUGGUUGGGGUGGAUUAAGGUAUGAUUAUGGCAAUUUUUAUGCUUCCAAGUCCUUUUUUGAUCCUAGCAAGAACAGAAGAGUGAUAUGGGGUUGGGCAAACGAGUCUGAUACCAAAGAAGACGAUGUUCGUAAAGGAUGGGCAGGGAUUCAGGCGAUUCCGCGAACGGUGUGGCUGGAUCCAAAUCAGAGGCAAUUGUUACUGUGGCCAGUUGAAGAAUUGAAUAAUCUUAGAGGAAAAGAAGUUAACAUGAACAAUCAGAAGCUUGAGAAGGGAGAGAAAGUUGAAGUAAAAGGAAUCACUGCUGCACAGGCAGAUCUGGAGGUUGAAUUUUCAAUUCCAAGUUUGGAGAAAGCAGAGACAUAUGAUGAUAAGUGGGUUGAUGCACAGGAAGCUUGUGCCAAUAAGGGUUCAAAUGUGGAAGGUGGUGUUGGACCAUUUGGGAUUUUGACUUUGGCUUCUGAAAAGCUGGAGGAGUUUACUCCUGUGUUUUUCAGAAUUUUCAAAGAUAAAAAGAAGCAUGUCAUUCUCAUGUGCUCUGAUGCAAGAAGAUCGUCUUUAAAGGGUGAUUUGUAUAAGCCGACAUUUGGUGGCUUUGUGGACUUGGAUUUGACAAAGGAUAAGAAAAUUUCUCUUAGGAGUUUGAUUGAUCACUCAGUAGUGGAAAGUUUUGGAGCAGGAGGAAAGACAAUCAUAUUGUCUCGAGUUUAUCCGCAGCUUGCAGUGUUAAAGCAAGCUCAUCUUUUUGUGUUCAACAAUGGCACUGAACCAAUCACCAUGGAAAAGCUAAAAGGAUGGGACAUGAAAUCUGCUCAAAUAAAUUGAUUAGCUAGAAAUCAAUUAGUAUGCAGAAGAUAAUUUAUAUCUUAUCACAUACAUUGUAAACAUAAAGAAAAAGUAAAAACAUAUUCUUCAUCACAUUGUUUAGAAAAAUGUGAUCAGAAGAUACUGUGUUAGGCUUUUAUGUUAUUUUACUUUAGUAGAUUAUGAGUUCCAAAUUGUGCUACCACUAUAGUUCUGUGUAUUAAACGACAUUGGAGUUUGAUUAUCUGAGUAUAAAAUAACUGGUACUAAUAAAUAAUAUCCUCUUCAAAAGAAUAUAGUUUUUGCCCGAGUUCAAAAGUACAGAUUGGACCUAAGGUAUUGUUGUUCAAAUCUAUCUUUUUCAUGUAUACAAUUUCUAUGAAUAAUAA